AUGCCAGUCCCCCUCGCCCCGUAUCCGACGCCCCCGGCGCCGGUGCCCUUCACCCCACCAAAUGGUUAGCUCCCCCAAAUUUUGAAUCCAUCUCCACCUCAGAUUCAAUACUCACGACCUAGCAAGAUAGAUAAAGAGAUAGAGAGAUAGAGAUAGCGAGAGAGAGAGAGAGAGAGAUGUUCCAAUCGCCAUUUUCAGAUGUUCUUCUUGAUCGCCAUCAUCCACUGUUGCUAAUCUGGAAGAAACUCAGGCAGCAUCACUCACUCUUCUCACUGUCGAAGAUCUCCGAAACUUCCCUCGGCCUGAGAAGAAACAUGUCUGAUAAUCAAUCACCAGCCCCAUCUCCCCAGCGUCUCCCCGAUUUCGCGGGUGCUGACAUUGACGAAGGAUUUAAAAGCUUCCUGCUCGCUCAUCAGGUGCUCAGAGCCAGCUGGUCUGCUCCGGCUGUCGAAAUCUCCUCAUGUACCCGCUCGGGGCGACCUCGGUGUGCUGCGCGGUCUGCAACGCCGUCACAACCGUCCCGCCACCAGGUGCUUCUCUCCCUCAGCCACCGCCACCCGCCACUGCCCCCGCCGCUGUCCUCCAUUGGAAUGAGGUUGAAUUCUGAAGGCCCACUUCACUGAUGACUGCCACUCUUUGCAGGCACAGAGAUGGCCCAGCUUCUCUGCGGAGGCUGCCACACGCUCCUCAUGUACAUUCGCGGGGCGACAAGUGUACAGUGUUCUUGUUGCCACACCAUUAACCUGGCUUUAGAAGGUGACCAUUCACUACAUACAAUCCCUCCUCCCAAUCCAUGAUUGCUUCCAAAAUUAGCUAAAUUCGUGCAUUUAUACGAGAAAUCUCUUGCUGGUUUCUUCUCGCACCAAAAGGGAAAAAGUGUUCUUGUUGCCACACCAUUAAGCUGGCUUUAGAAAUUGACCUUCCCUCCUUUCAGUCCAAGAUCGCCUCCGCAAUUCCUGCAUUCAUUUAUGCUAGAAAUCUCUUGCUGGUUACCUGCGUUGCUGAACCAAAACUGUCUUCAGAAAAAUUGAGCAAUCACCUGCAAACCAGUUAGCUUAGAUGUGAAAUGCCAUGUUAGCUUACUGCAUCAAGAACAUCAUACAGCUCUGUUUUUCCUCUGAAUUCGGAGAAAUAUUGUGCCAUCUCAGCCAUUUUCUUCGUUAUGUUUUUUUCUCAGCUCCCUUGACUGGAUACCCAUCUGACCCUUUGUCCUCCGUGGAUUCCACAGUUCGAACCGUGUGAGAAUCUCUCUGAUUGUUUCCUCCUGAUGCCUCGAGCAGCCAAUCAGGUCGCCCACGUGAACUGCGGGAACUGCCGUAUGCUGCUCAUGUACCAGUAUGGGGCACGCUCCGUCAAGUGCGCCGUCUGCAACUACGUCACGUCGAUCGGGGUCAGUAGAUCGAUGAACAUCAUCAACAUAUAACCAGGAUGUGGUUCAAGCAUUGACUUCAUCAGCACAGAUGUUUCUUAUUUCUGCCUGAAAUUCUCACCGCCAGUGAUCAAAAGUCAACAAAUUAAAAGAUAAUUCUGAUAUCUUUUGCCAGUAUUGUAAACCUGACCUAAUUUUUGUUUUUUUCUGAAAUCCGCAGGCAGCCCCGAGCACUGCCGACCAGAAGUUCAGCAGCUGA